AUGGCGGCGUCGAUCAACGGAAUGUCGUCGUCCUCACGUCACGCUCUCAGCGCAGCUUCACGGUUCCACCACGAACUCUACCUCGCAGCCGCUCCAGCAACGGCCCUCCUUCAGCACUCCCUGGCCGCUCUUGCCACGCUUUCUCAAUCCUCACCUUCUGUUCCCUCCGCCUCUGCACCGCCGUUGGGAAUAUCACCUGCUCAUGGAGCCGCCACUGUCGCUUCAGCUGCUACAGUCGAAGGUCCGACAAGCUGUUCUCCUAUCCCCUUCAGCACGCCCUCAGGCGCCAGGCGUUUUCUGUCAACCCCAGCCUCCUUCUUUCACCCUCACCUGUCCUCUCCCAGCCGACCCGCCGGUUCCUUCCCCUCGCCAGCCCUUGUCUCCCGCCACGCCCUCCGCCCACCUCCUCGUCAUCUGUCCCCCACAUUCGCUGCGAGCGCCGCGAAUCCCGUUCUCGAUCAGCCCCUCACUGCGCGUCCCUUCUUUUCCACUAGCGGUAACAGCAGCGGCGACAAAGCGGACGUCGCGUCGUCCACGCUAGCAGAUGCUGCGCGAAAGGCGGCGGGCGGACCGGCGGGAGACGCGGCGGCCGCGGCGGAGUCGCUGGAUGUGGAAAACGUGCGGAAGCUGUUUCAACAGCUGUCCACGUCAGAGGUCGCGAACGCGGUCCUGAACCUCGAAAUGGCGGCGCGGGAGAUGGUGGUGGACGCCAGCUCAGCGCUGCUGACGUCACCUGUGAUGCGGAUUCCGCUGGUGGCGGGGCCGGUGCUGUGGGGGGUGCGGAAGACGGCGCAUAAGCACUUCUGCGCGGGGGAGACGCUGGAGGAGGCGGUUGCGACGCUCGACCGCAUGCAGCAACUCGGGCUCAAAGGCAUCCUGGACUUCAGUGUGGAGGACGCGUUAGAUGAUGAAACAUGCGAUCGAAACAUGGAAGGGUUUCUGCGCACCAUCAGAAUGGCGUCGCAGCUGUCACCACCCAUGGUGAGCUUCGCCUGUGUCAAGAUCACGGCCCUCUGCCCACUCCCGGUGCUUGAACGAGUCAGCGAACUCCUGCAAUGGGACCACAAGCUCUCCUCUUCCUCCCCCUCCUCCUCGUCUACCUCUGUCCCCAUGCCAUGGCGCCGCCCAUCCCUCCCGAUUCUCGCUCCUGAAUCUCCCACCUACUUCACCCCCUCCUCCGCACCCUCCCCUCUCACCGCCAGUGAGGAAGCUGCCAUCACAUCAGCUCACGAUAGACUAAGGAAGAUCUGUGACGCGUGUGCUGAGGGCCGUUUACCCCUUCUGAUAGACGCGGAGUAUCAGUCGGUGGAACCGGCGAUUGAUUACCUAGCGUAUGCGUUAAUGAUGGAGUAUAACAAGACGGGUGUGACUGUAACAGGAGGUGGGAAGGAGGGGGGUAAGACCGAUGCAGAGUUGCCGUUGGUGUAUUCCACAGUGCAGUGUUACCUUCGGGAUGCAAACCCGAGGCUGGCUGCUAGCUUCGGCGCGGCGCAGGAGGCUGGAGUUGGGUUCGGGGUGAAGCUAGUUCGGGGAGCGUAUCUGGUCCGGGAAUCUGCCGAAGCGAAGAAGCGUGGAGCGGUGUCACCGGUGCAUGAGAGCAUUGAGAACACACACAAGUGCUACGAUGCGUGUGCGGGGAUGAUGAUUGAUGCUGCUGGCGCGGCUGCUAAGAGGGAGUCUAAGGGGGAGAAAGGGCCUGCUGCUGGAGUGGUGCUGGCAACCCACAACUAUGGAUCAGGCCGGGUGGCAGUGGUGCGAGCUGGCGACGUGGGAUUGGCUCGCACGGAUCCUCGGUUGCACUUUGCGCAGCUCAAGGGGAUGGCGGACGGGCUCUCCUUGGGGCUCGGAUUUGCUGGUUUUAACGCGUCCAAGUAUCUUCCAUAUGGUCCUGUGCGAGAUGUCAUGCCUUACCUGCUGCGGCGAGCGCAUGAGAACAGAGGCGUGCUGGGGAACACUCGCGACGAACGACAAUGGCUCAGGAAUGCAUAA